UGCCCCUGGUAGUGUCAACAGUUCAUUGCCCUGCCCUCAAUCGCUGCGCCCCCAAUCAGAGGUAGCUGCCGAGCUCCCGUAGUUCUUCGCCGAUCGAACUCGGAGGUCCCUCUCAGCCUUGCGAAUUAGGGUUUAAGAUCUUGCUGAUACGGUUGUAGUCGAGAAACGAGGUUGAUUCGGUGAAAUGGGCACCUUAGGGCGAGCUAUUUACUCCUUGGGGAACUGGAUUAGAGGAACGGGUCAAGCCAUGGAUCGACUGGGUGUCCUCCUCCAAGGAAGUUACUAUUGCCCGGAGCAAAUUUCUAGGCAUCGUACCUUGAUGAACCUCUUUGAUAAAGCUCCUGUAGUUGAUAAGGAUGCAUUUGUUGCCCCAAGUGCAUCUGUCAUUGGGGAUGUUCAGGUGGGACGAGGAUCAUCAAUCUGGUAUGGGUCUGUCCUGCGAGGUGAUGUGAAUAGCAUUAGUGUUGGCUCUGGAACUAAUAUACAAGAUAAUUCCCUGGUGCAUGUGGCAAAACAUAAUCUCGGUGGGAGAGAAUUGCCAACUAUUAUUGGAAACAAUGUCACCAUCGGCCACAGUGCAGUACUACAUGGCUGCACGAUUGAGGAUGAGGCUUUUGUCGGAAUGGGAGCUACCCUUCUUGAUGGCGUGGUUGUGGAGAAACACGCCAUGGUUGCUGCGGGUUCCCUUGUGAGACAGAAUACUCGAGUCCCUUAUGGGGAGGUGUGGGCAGGUAACCCGGCCAAGUUCUUGAGGAGGCUCACCGAUGAAGAGAUCGCCUUCAUCGCCCAAUCAGCCACCACGUACGUCAACCUUGCCAAGGUGCAUGCAGCUGAAAACGCCAAGUCCUUCGACGAGAUUGAGCUGGAAAAGAUGCUCCGCAAGAAGUUCACUAACCGCGAUGAGGAGUACGAGUCCAUGAUUGGCAUAGUUCGAGAGACUCCACCGGAACUUGUUCUUCCUGAUAAUAUUCUCCCCGAGAAAGCCCAGAAGGCUGUUCAAUGAGAUCUUUCUUUCACAAGCAGUUUUUUGCAUGCCCAUCUUUAUUUGGAUCUUCCCCAAUUUUCAUGCCUAGGACCUAUCAUCUGCUCCAAGCAGAGACUGUAAUAAACUGUUCUUCAUUUCUCCAGACAAAUAAGGUUUGAGAUUAUAAGGAUCAAUCCAGCAACUAUGCUUUCCUUGUAUUUGAAUAUACCCCUUUACAGUAACUCUGAUUUACAAUCCCAUAAUGGAUUUAUUCAUAAUCUAAGUUCUAUGUUUUCUUGUCA